AGUAGACUGCUGUCAAACUUCGCCUGGAACUGAGGCAAGUGUGAGAGAGAGAGGCAACAGAGGACGUGAAUGGAUCUAUUUGUACAACUUAACUGAAGAUCUACGAAUCGCUGACCCACAUUUACUGUCAGUGAGAGGCUUACCAUCCACUUGGUGUCUGACCUCGGACAUGACAGAACAGGACACUUCCUGUCCAUGUCUUCUUCCUGAUUAUAGUUUAUAGACCCACAAUGCAUGUGAGACAUGACCAGCAAGGCCCCCUGGGAUAACUCGAACAGUGUGUGUAGCAUGGAGCAAACAGCUGACUGCUCCCCCACAGUUCCAGAGGCAGAGCUUUACCGCAACAUCCAGGCUGUGCUGCCCAGAGAAACGGACAGCCUGCAGCCCCCAGACAGUUUCAACAAAGGCAUGCUGAGAUGGACGCUUCAUAAGAAGGUUCAAAACAAUCCUGCCAACAGCUUAUCUCUUGUAUGGGUGCUGAUAAAAGAGCUGGAGAAGGCUGAGAGAUGGGACUCGCGCAAAUGCAUCAUCCCUCUGCUCCACACGCUGAUGUAUGCUAUCAUUCAGACAGCCUACAUUCCAGAUGAGCUGUACAAGCGGGUUUACGACAUUUGCAAGAGACUCCUGACAUACCCCCAUCCCUACUGCACCGUGGGCCUAAGUUACACGAGACAGAUAAAAACUGAGCGCUUCAUUCCAGGUCUGAUGUACCAAAGGAUGGUCACUGCAGAGCAGAGACUAAAAAAUGAACACCAUCCGUUUCAGGAGAGGGUCUUUGUGCUGGCUGACCCAGAAGUUUUCUCUGAUUCUCUGGGACAAGUCCUCUUGGGUGAUAUCGAUGCGUCCACUUCAGCUUCAGGUGGAUCUCUAAAUCCUCUAGAUCACAUAUGCAGCGUGGUCCAACACUCCAUACAGGCUGCUUUAGGAGAAGAGCAGUGCCACGGGCCGAAACUGGCUCGAGCCCUAAAGGACAUGGGUCAAGAUGUUGAGCUGUACUUCCAGGAAGUGUUGGCGGCCCUAGAGCAGAGCGCAGAGGAGGGCAGCAGAGGGGAGGGGGGGGGACUGAGGAACCGUCUUCAGCUGCUGUACAACAAGAUUGUCGCAGACACAGACUCAGAGCCAUUGUCCAGUGGACCACUGUGUGACUGCCCUAUUCCUAACCCAGAGAUGAGCUUCCACCUGUGGACAGAGGAUCUGGAUAUCUGGCGCGAGCUGGCCAAGUGGUUCCGAUCGAGCUCGGUGUCAGAGCAGUUCUCCCUCUGUCCAGAGGACUUCGAGCUGGGGGAGUCACCCAGCGACUUGAUGCUGUCUGACAUGGCUCGCUUCUCUGUCAUGUCUAAUGACAGCGGCAUCGAGAGAGACUUACUCCCCAGUGCUGAUCCCUCAUCAUUGUCAAGUCUGGACACUGCCAGCAUGAGUGCAUCUUGGGAACAAUGCAAAAGUGAGCAAGACUCAUCGAGGCUGUCACGGCGCGGAGGCAUCAAAAUGAAACCAUCCAUGAAGGACAGUAUGGUGCUGAUGCAGGACACCCUGGAGGACCACUCAGGCCACGGAGGAAGUGGAGGGAGGGCCGGAAGAAGAGGGGUGACUCUGCAGAGGCGUGCAGGAAGUGUGAUGCAGAACUCCUUCCCCAAGCAGCAGAAACAGUUUACUGCCAGGAUAGUUGUCAUGGGGGAUGACAGAGUAGUGGGCCGCCUGGCCAAAGCCUACUACUUCUUCAGGAAAAGGGAAGCGCGGAGGCUUUUUCUUACAAUGAAAGUCAACCUCCAGUUUUACUACAUCCCUGUUUGCAGGGCUCCAACUGCCCUCUCCUCUGUCAAGGAAAAUCUCAGUCUAUCCAAGGGGAAUCCCUGCACUCUUGGUUCCUACUUGAGCAUGGUGGACCCUUGGUACAACUCCAAUAUCAAGAGCUUAGGCUGCAUGAUCUCCAAACUGGCUGAGAUGCAACAGGCGAACCCUGGGAAGCCAAAAGAACCCUUUGUGUCUGAUGUGAUUUCCUACUACGUUCGUACCGGCCAGCAGCCUGUCUACUUCAGUAUCUACUUUGUUAAGAUCACGUUCACCAGCAUGACAAAGGAUCCUGUGGAAGAUGUGUUUCUUACCCAUCUGGAAAUGGAGUUUCCUGAGUUCAGACAGAUCUCAGCGUCAGUUAGAGAUAAACAGAAGAAGAGUUCAGGAGAAGUAUGUGGAGCUGUUGUCUCAAUGAAUUACAGAAAGGUGACAUUAAGUGGCCGAGACAUUGACAAAGGAAUCUCAGUCAGGACAUCAGGCGCUCAGAUCAACGCUAUUCCCACCAAUGAAGCAGAAGAUCUGAACUGUUUGACACUAACAAUGAAUGAAACUCUGACAAAAAGUAAAAACAACAUUGUGUCAACGAUCCGGACCAGCAACAUUAAGAUUCGCACUUUGGAGAGUCGAUCUUUCACUCUUACGCUGGAUAGGGAUUGUCGCCGGACCUACAGAAAUGUGCAGAGCAUCGAGAUCGCCCCAUGUCUUGAUCCGGGAUACUUCGUCCAGAAAUCCAUGCGGUCCAAAUUCAAUUUGGGAGCAGACAAAGACGCUGGACUGAGCAAAUACAUGAGCAAAGGACUCCCUCUACCAAUUAACACAUUUGCUGGCAUCAUCACCUGACAAGAUGGGGUAACAGUGCAGAGAAACUAGGGAACUGAGGUGUUGAUAGGGGGAGUUGUUGUUGCCUCUUAGAAAACAAGGGGUCCACUCUGACACACGAAAAGACAAAAUGGAUCACCUUUGAGUCAUACUGAUAUGUUCCUGAGAGAGAAAAAGUUUCAGUUUGCACGUGUGGAAAAAAUACUAUAUUUGAAACUCGGCUUGAGACCAAAUGCAACACAUACUGUAGUGUGAAAUCUUGCAGUUGAUGGAAUAACCAGUCGGGUCUUCAUGAGUAAACUACUGCGCAUACAGUACUUUAAGGCCGUAAGUGAUAUGCAGAUUGGAAUAAUGCCAAAGAACAAAUUGCCUGUGACAGUGGAGAGACCAGCAAUGGAAAACAAGUAAGCAAAGAUGUGUACCUGUAUACAUAUAAAGGUUUAACUAAGGACUACUGACAACCGGAUCACUAAACAUGUGACAUUGUCAUAGAAACUCCACAGGUAAUCUGGAAAAUCUGAUUUGAAGGGUUGAUUGUAACACCUCCUACUUCAUAGAUACACUACCUUUAACUGCUUCCUUAACACACACAUACAUACAUAUAUCAACAUAGUUCACACAAAAUAAUGCAGACAUACAUACUUACCUGGCUUGUCAGCUUUUGAAAUGUGCAGAUUGUUGAAAGACUGGUACGAUGACAGCUGACUAACAGGUCAUUCCGAACCUAUUACAUAAUGAAAGCUGAAGAAGUUGCAAUUGAUUGACAGUAGCUUUGGGUUUAGUGUUUGGAAAUGUUCUGGAAAGUUUCUAGAACCACACUAUGCUCAGUGCAGGAGCUACAGCAACGUGCAACGUCAUGAAAGUACUACAGAACAGAGGGCAACUUUUGUGUUUCACUGUAUCAGAGAGACACGGGGAUCAUGCACAGGCAGAGCCACGUAAAGAAGCUUUUAGACUUCAGAGUGCUAAUUUUGUCCUUAGAGUCACUGUCUACUAACCAGACAUGCAAGAUUCUGUAUUGCAUGCAAGACGAAGUGCUAAACCUGAGGACAUUCAAAAGUGAAACUUGUACACAUGCCAGUAAAUGUCUCAUGUGUAUCAGUGUCACCUCUGACACUGUGGUGUGUUACAGUAGGAAUUGAUAAAUGUGCUAAACUGCACCUAUUUGCACUAAAACUACAGGGUUUCUUUUACCAUUUCCUUGUAGGAGUGGAACAACUGUGUAUAAAGCAUGUAUGACAUGUGUAAUGUCAUUACUUUAAAUGACAUAAAUAUGAUAUCCUCUAAGUUACAGAUGGCUGUUCAAGAUAAAAAACAAAUUGGUUCAGUUGUUAUUCAUGAAAAAGAAUAAAGGCAUUGCUUUUUACACACUAUAUUGCCAAAAGUUUUGGGUCGCCUGCCUUUACAUGCACAAGAAGGUUAUAGACAUUCCAUUCUUAAUCCAUAGGGUUUAAUAUGGAGUUGGCCCACCCUUUGCAGCUAUAACAGCUUCAACUCUUCUGGGAAGGCUGUCCAAAAGGUUUAGGAGUGUGUUCAUGGGAAUAUUUGACCGUUCUUCUAGAAGCGCAUUUGUGAGGUCAGGCACAGAUGUUGGACGAGAAGCCCUGGCUCGCAGUCUCUGCUCUAAUUCAUGCCAAAGGUGUUAUAUCGGGUUGGUGUCAGGACUUUGUGCAGGCCAGUCAAGUUCUCCACACCAAACUCGCUCAUCCAUGUCUUUAUGGACCUUGCUUUGUGCACAGUCAUGUUGGAACAGGAAGAGGCCAUCCCCAAAUUGUUUUCACAAAGUUAUGUGGUCUACCACUUUGGGAACAACAAAAAGUCAGCCACAAUCACUUCCACUUUGUUAUAAUAGCACAUAACACAUAUAUAAAACAGUUGACCGUGGAAUAUUUAGGAGUGAGGAAAUUUCACAAAUGGACUUAUUGCACAGGUGGCAACCUAUAACGGUACCAUGCGACCCGUUCUUUCACAAAUGAUUGUAGAAGCAGUCUGCAUGCCUAGGUGCUUGAUUUUAUACACCUGUGGCCAUUGAAGUGAUUAGAACACCUGAAUUCAAUGAUUCGGAGGGGGAAACUUUUGGCAAUAUGGUAUAUAUGUGCUUCACUUGAUUCCACAUAAUUAUUAGAUUACACACUCAAGAGCUUUAUGUUACACUCCCACAGGUGUGAUCGCAGGCAGUAAAGGUCAACUUCCUCCAGAAAUGGAAGUGAUGUGUUAUUGGAUGCACAACAUAAAACCAUGUGUGUGUGUGUGUGUGUGUGUCUGCUGGGUAAAAAUCAUGAGUUUAAAUUGCGUGAUCAAUUUUGCACAUAUUUUUCAUCUGUCAUAUACUAUAAACAGGAUGCCAAUAAAAACAAGAUGUGGUUGUGUAAAGGAUUUUGUUUUGUAAAA